UGUGCUGUGGCAUUCGAGUGACAAGCAAAGGGGAGGAGAAAAUGGUUUUAAAAGGCUCAACUGAAUUGAGGACUUGAAACUGUUGGGAUGGCUGGACUCAAGGCGCUAUGGGUGGCGGUGCUACUGCUGGUGGUGCAUGAGGUGUCCUCACAGCUAAAUGUGUGUGGUCGGGCUCCACUCAACACCAAGAUCGUUGGAGGAGUGGAUGCUGCUCCGGGCACCUGGCCCUGGCAGGCCAGUUUGCAGAGGUCGGGCCCCUUCUGUGGGGGGUCUCUGAUCAACAAUCUGUGGGUGCUGACCGCUGCCCACUGCUUCACCACAACUGACACGACAGGUUUCACGGUCUUCCUGGGCCGUCAGGACCAGGCGGGCAGCAACCCCAACGAGGUGUCCCGGACCAUCUCCAGGAUUGUCUGUCACCCCGAUUACAGUGGGUCCACCAACGACAACGACAUCUGCCUGCUGCAGCUCUCCUCGGCAGUCACCUUCACAGACUACAUCGCGCCCGUCUGCCUGGCCGCGGACGGAAGCACUUUCAACAGCGGCAUCAUCAACUGGGUCACUGGCUGGGGCACCACCUCGUUUGGAGGUUCAGCCGCGGACAUCCUCCAGGAAGUGGACCUGCCCAUAGUGGGCAACAGGGAGUGUAACUGUAGCUAUGGCAUAAUCACCAACAACAUGAUCUGCGCUGGAUUGUCGGCUGGAGGGAAGGACUCGUGUCAGGGUGACUCUGGUGGUCCUCUUGUAGGCAAACAGGGUGUGCAGUGGGUCCAGUCGGGAGUGGUGAGCUUUGGUAAAGGAUGUGCCUUGCCCAACUUCCCUGGAGUAUACGCCAGAGUAUCCGAAUAUCAGGAUUGGAUCAACGGUAUCAUCACCACCAACCAGCCCGGCUUCGUUGACUUCCAAUCAGCGGGAAUCAACAGCGACGCCACCUUCAACUGUGGCGACCCUCCAUCCGGCCCAGUCACCGCCUCACCGACCGCCCCCGCACUAUGUGGUCGGGCUCCUCUCAACACCAAGAUCGUUGGAGGAGUGGAUGCUGCUCCGGGCACCUGGCCCUGGCAGGCCAGUUUGCAGAGGUUGGGCCCCUUCUGUGGGGGGUCCCUGAUCAACAAUCUGUGGGUGCUGACCGCCGCCCACUGCUUCCCCGAAACUGACACGACAGGUUUCACGGUCUUCCUGGGCCGUCAGGACCAGGCGGGCAGCAACCCCAACGAGGUGUCCCGGACCAUCUCCAGGAUUGUCUGUCACCCCGAUUACAGUGGGUCCACCAACGACAACGACAUCUGCCUGCUGCAGCUCUCCUCGGCAGUCACCUUCACAGACUACAUCGCGCCCGUCUGCCUGGCCGCGGACGGAAGCACGUUCAACAGCGGCAUCAUCAACUGGGUCACUGGCUGGGGCACCACCUCGUCUGGAGGUUCAGCCGCGGACAUCCUCCAGGAAGUGGACCUGCCCAUAGUGGGCAACAGGGAGUGUGACUGCAGCUAUGGCCUAAUCACCAACAACAUGAUCUGCGCUGGAUUGUCGGCCGGAGGGAAGGACUCGUGUCAGGGUGACUCUGGUGGUCCUCUUGUAGGCAAACAGGGUGUGCAGUGGGUCCAGUCGGGAGUGGUGAGCUUUGGUCAAGGAUGUGCAUUGCCCAACUUCCCUGGAGUAUACGCCAGAGUAUCCGAAUAUCAGGAUUGGAUCAACGGUAUCAUCACCACCAACCAGCCCGGCUUCGUUGACUUUCAAUCCGCGGGAAUCAACAGCGACGCCACCUUCGACUGUGGCGACCCUCCAUCCGGCCCAGUCACCGCCUCACCGACCGCCAACGCACCGUUGACGUGCGGCAGCGCCCCCAUGAACACCCGCGACAGCAGGGGGCUGGUGCAGUCCGCCGGCGUGUGGCCCUGGAUCGCUAGCCUGCAGGUCAACGGCACGCACAUGUGCGGCGGCACCCUGGUGACUGCGGAUGCCGUCCUGAGCGACGCCUCGUGCUUCACCAUGUACCCCAAUGCCUCCUACUGGACGGUUGAGUUGGGCCGCCGGAAUCUGAACGGCCCCAACUCCUUCAACAUGACCCUGGGGGUGAAAUCCAUCACCCUCAGCAAUCUCACCGGAGACAACAUUGCCGUGCUCAUGCUGUCCAGUGCACCGAGGCUCUCGGACUACAUCCAGCCCAUUUGUCUGGACCAGGGGAUGGGCAGCUUCCUGAACAACACUGACUGUUGGAUGGCAGGCUGGGGAAUGGGCCAGGGAGGCGCCCAAGAAACCCUGCAGGAGUUCAACACCACGGUGGUGGGUUGUAGCAACACGUCAUCCAGUGACUACAUCUGCACCGAAGCGCUGACUGUGAGAAUGGGUGACGCCGGAGGCCCCCUGAUGUGCAAGAGCGGCAACUCUUGGACCCAAGUGGCCGGGCUUCCCAACGUCAUGGGCAACAGCAGCAUGGUGCGCUCAGAGAGAGCCGCCGACCAGUCCAUGUUCACCUCCACAACGCGAUUUGCUGGCUUCCUGAGGGAAACUCUGGGGAGUCUUCCGUCCCCCGUCCCCACCACCAGUCACGCGUCAGACGCACGCAUCUCCAUGUCCUACCUCCUCCUCCUCUCCUCCAUCUACCUCUUCUCUGCGCUGGUCUAGAGGCAGUGUGGCCUGGAAGGGCUCGACUCCGGUUUAUAUUCACGUUGUUUGGAUCUCAUGGAGGGAAGUAUGUGAUCAUGUAAAGAAACGAUCACACAGCGUCUUGUUGCUGGAGUCGGUGGAGUCUCAUCUUACACAUGAUAUAUAGUUUGUGUUGAUCAUAUUACCUUUUUGCUCUGCAUGUGAAGGUGCAGAGUUAUAAAUACAUAUCUCUUUUUGAUAUGUGCUUCUUAUUUUGUUUGGGGUUGGAAUUGUCUUUCGUUUAGCUAGCAAUGGUUAGGAGAGACUAAAGGUUGGGAAUGUAAUUACACUGGGGGUGUGUCAUAUGACCUUAACAAGCAGAAUAGUCAAUUUCAAAGUUUCAUUUUAAAAAUAAAUUCAGUUAAACAA